AUGAAAUUCCGAGAUUUUGGCAAGCUUAAUAUUGCACUACUUGCUAAACAAGGCUGGCGCAUUGUUAUUAAUCCUCACUCCCUUGUUGCUAGGCUUCUUAAAGCUAAAUACUUCCCUAACUCGAUGUUUAUGGAGGCAAAUUUGGGGUUUUCUCCAUCUCUCAUUUGGCGCAGUGUUUGGAGGUCUAGGGGCCUUCUUGAAAACGGAAUGGGUUGGAGAAUCGGGACGGGUCUGUCUGUCUCGAUAUGGAAUGAUUUUUGGCUUCCAGGAUUUUCAACUCGCAAAGUAACAUCAACGCCCUCGACACAAGUGGAAUUGGUCUCAGACAUCAUCUCUAUUGAUGGACGGAAUUGGAAUCGUGAUCUUAUCAAUUCUGUCUUUAAUGAUGAAGAUGCAAAAUCUAUUUUAAACAUUACUGCCAAUUUUCAACCAAGAAGAUAUUCUCUGUUGGAAAGGUGA